CACCCCUCGCGCCGCGCCAUGAGUGCCGCACCUGCGCCGCCAUCCACGGCACCGCUGCGCCCGCCGCUGCUGGCGUCGCUGCUCGGCGGCGCGCUCGCCGGCCUCAGCGUCGACCUGCUCUUCUACCCGCUCGACACGCUCAAGACGCGCCUCCAGGCGCGCCAGGGCUUCUGGGCCGCCGGCGGCUUCAAGAAUGCCUACCGUGGCGUCGGCAGUGUCGCCGUGGGCAGUGCGCCGGGCGCGGCCAUCUUCUUCCUCAGCUACGAGUCGCUGCAGCCGCUGCUGCGCGACGCCGGCCUCGCACACGGCGCCGCGCUGCACAUGGCCGCCGCCAGUGUGGCCGAGGUGGCCGCCUGCCUCAUCCGCGUGCCGACCGAGGUGGUCAAGUCGCGCCAGCAGACGGCUGCGUACGGCACGCACGUCGCCAGCAGCAGCAAGGCGCUGAGCGCCGUGCUGCAGGAGCAGGGCGUGCGCGGCCUGUACCGCGGCUUUGCGGGCACCGUGGGACGCGAGAUUCCCUUCACCUGCAUCCAGUUCCCGCUGUACGAGUACUUCAAGCUGCAGAUUGCACGCUCGCCAAGGUUUGCGGCGCUGCGCACGUCGGACGCCGCCGGCGCAGACAGCAGCAACACGCGGCAGCUGCCGACGUGGCAGGCCGGCCUGGCGGGCUCGGCGGCCGGCGGCAUUGCGGCUGCGCUGACGACGCCGCUCGACGUCGUCAAGACGCGCAUCAUGCUGGAGCGCCGCGCACCGGGCACACUCGACGCCUCGGUGCCCGCGGGCGCCAACGUGCGCAUCCUGCCGACGCUGCUGCACGUGCUGCGCACCGAGGGCUUCGGCGCGCUGUGGCGCGGCGUCGUGCCGCGCACGCUGUGGAUCAGCGGCGGCGGCUUCGUCUUUCUCGGCACGGCGCACGCCGUCAUUGGCACGCUGGCCGAGGACGAGCGGCGGCGAGGGAGGGUGCAAUAGAGGGUGCUUGCUUGCAUGGCAGUGUCAUUGUGCGAUGCGAGCGGGGGGCGUAUGGCUACAUGGUUGCGUGGUCUACGGUGAGUGCUCCUGGCUGAGCCAGAGCUGCGCAUGCACGCCGCUCGCGCGGAUGCUCUGCGCGCCGCUGCUGGCCGACGACGUCGAGGCAAUGGACUCGCGGUGGGCUGCAGCAUUCGGCGCCAGCGGAAAGACCUGGCGGUCGCCCGGACGCAUCGACGGCGCGCGGCUCUCAGCCUCCUGCGCGCCAGUGCCGCUGGUCGCCGAGAGAAAGUACGAGAGCGGAAUGCGGCGCGCGGUGACGACGGCCUCGCGCUGCUGCGCGGCUGCCUCGACGUCGGGCGAGCGCAGCGGCGGCGCAAAGGUGAUGGGUCCGCGCGCACGCGGACUGAGGAUGGG